UCAGGCGGGGGAAGGACGACUAUUGACAGGUAAAAGACGCUGGGGAGACACUGCCGACGUCCCCUCUACAUGUACGUUACAUCAAAUGAACUGGACGUUUGUCAGCCGUGGAAACUUUGAAGAAGUGGACGUUCAUCUUCCUUCUGCUGAGCGAAUUUCUUCCAGGCUUUAGUCGGUCUGUGGGACGGUUAUUUUGAAAGGCUAGAUCCAGCGGAGGAAGCUAUAAUGUCUGUUCACUUGUAUGAAUUGAGCAGUAAAUUGCUCGGGGACACUGUUGGGAAAAUGAGCGACAACCUGACAUCCGUGGUGCUGGCAGCUUCUGUCAUCACUCUUACUCUGGGAUAUAUGUCUAAAGUGCUGCUCAGACAGUCCUCUGACAGUGAUCUGAAAUACCCACCUUACAUACCCUCCAGCAUCCCCUUCCUGGGUCAUGCCAUUGCAUUUGGGAAAAGCCCCAUUGAAUUUCUUGAAAAUGCUUAUGAAAAAUACGGCCCCGUGUUCAGUUUCACCAUGGUGGGGAGUACAUUCACCUACCUGCUGGGCAGCGAAGCCGCCACGCUGAUGUUCAACAGCAAGAAUGAGGACCUGAAUGCCGAGGACGUCUACUCCAGACUGACUACGCCAGUGUUUGGCAAAGGAGUAGCCUAUGACGUGCCGAACCCUAUCUUUUUGGAACAAAAGAAGAUGUUAAAGACCGGGCUGAACAUCGCUCAUUUUAAGCAACACGUGAAAAUCAUCGAGGCAGAGACCAUUGAGUAUUUUCAGAGAUGGGGAGACAGCGGGGAGAGAAACCUGUUUGAGGCUCUGUCUGAGCUGAUCAUCCUGACGGCCAGCAGCUGCCUACAUGGGAAGGAGAUCCGCAGCAUGCUGAAUGAGCGAGUGGCCCAGCUCUAUGCCGACCUGGACGGAGGAUUCAGCCAUGCUGCCUGGCUCCUGCCCGGCUGGCUGCCCCUGCCCAGCUUCAGGAAAAGGGACAGAGCUCACACAGAGAUCAAGAACAUCUUCUUCAAAGUGAUUCAGAAGCGCAGACAAUCUGGAGAGAAAGUGGACGACAUCCUGCAGACGCUCAUCGAUGCCACGUACAAAGAUGGACGAGCCCUGAACGAUAACGAGAUCGCGGGGAUGCUGAUUGGUCUCCUGCUGGCGGGUCAGCACACGUCCUCCACCACCAGCGCCUGGAUGGGUUUCUUCCUGGCCAGGGACAGAGCCCUGCAGGACCGCUGCUACGCCGAGCAGAGGGCCGCAUGUGGAGAAGACCUGCCGUCGCUCGACUUUGACCAGCUGAAAGAUCUCAGCUUGUUGGAGCGCUGUUUGAAGGAGACCCUGCGUCUCCGCCCGCCCAUCAUGACCAUGAUGAGGAUGGCUCGCUCUCCUCAGACUGCAGCAGGAUACACCAUCCCUGUGGGCCACCAGGUCUGCGUCUCCCCGACUGUCAACCAGCGUCUGCAGGACACGUGGGCCGAGAGGAUGGAGUUUAACCCUGACCGCUACCUCAACGACAACCCCGCUGCAGGGGAGAAGUUUGCCUACGUGCCGUUUGGAGCCGGCCGUCAUCGCUGCAUCGGGGAGAACUUUGCCUACGUCCAGAUCAAAACCAUCUGGUCCACUUUACUGCGAAUGUACGACUUUGACCUGGUGGACGGAUAUUUCCCCACAAUCAACUACACCACAAUGAUUCACACCCCUCACAACCCCGUCAUCAGAUACAAGAGGAGGAAACAGUGAGAGACAGAAGGAAAACAGUGGAGAGGCAGGGAGCAAAGACAAAAAGAAACUGUCCAACAUCCUGAGGGAUUGAAGGGAAGCU